CAUGGGAUGGUUGUGGGGGUUGUAAAAAAAAAUGUUUGACAGGGUUUGGCUAAAAGAUGACAAGGGGGCGGUAGUAAGCGAGUCCGACGUGUGUAUGAAUCAACAUUGAACUUACUUUUUGUAUGUCGGCCACACCGCGCGGUGAGUUGAUUUGUAUGCGACGAUUCAUUUGGGAAAGACAGCAACAGCGCAUAGUACUACAGGAUGUCGCGGAUCAUUUCAACGUUUUGCACGGGGAAGCACGACUAACACAGUAACGCGAUUCAUAUUUAAAAGGUAUAAUGCGAAUGGUUAGAAGAGCUCGAAUUCAAACAAAAUGGAAACAAUUUAGAAUCGCUGCGGCAUUCCAUGUAGCCAGAAGGACUACUAGGGUAGAACAUAGCUGGAUAACGAGCUAGUUAUUAACUAAUAUACAUGCGAAGUUACAUAUCAGAAAAGCUCAAACAGAGCCUGUAAGCUGGUUGAAACUAUUAGUCCCCAGUUACCAAAGAAGACCGAAGAAAAUACUGAAAUAUGCUACGGAGAAGACUGAACCGUUUGUUUGGUAGGGACGAGAGGAGGGUAGACAGCAGGACCAUCUACGUAGGCCACCGGCCCUGUCCCGCCACCGAAGCUUUAACCCCCCCCAAGUUCUGUGACAACAGGAUUGUCUCUUCCAAGUACACGGUGUGGAACUUUCUGCCAAAGAAUCUGUUUGAGCAGUUCAGAAGAAUCGCCAAUUUCUACUUCCUCAUCAUCUUUUUGGUGCAGGUGAUCGUAGACACCCCCACCAGCCCAGUCACUAGUGGCCUACCCCUGUUCUUCGUCAUCACUGUCACAGCCAUCAAACAGGGCUAUGAGGACUGGCUGCGGCACAAGGCAGAUAAUGAGGUGAAUAAGUACCUGGUGACAGUGCUGGAGGACGGCCGGAGAGCAUGCAAGGAGAGCGAGAAGAUCAAGGUUGGGGAUGUGGUGGAGGUGGUUGAGGAUGAGACCUUUCCCUGCGACCUCAUCCUGCUGCAGUCCAGCCGGGAGGACGAGACCUGCUUUGUCACCACGGCCAGUCUGGACGGGGAGUCCAACCAUAAGACACACUACACAGUGCCAGACACGGAGAGGAACCUGGAGUCUCUCAGCGCCACCAUCGAGUGCGAGCAGCCGCAGCCCGACCUCUACAAAUUUGUGGGGCGUAUGCACAUCUACAGGAACAACCAGGAACCUGCUGUGAGGUCUUUGGGUCCAGAGAAUCUCCUCCUGAAAGGUGCUACCUUGAAGAACACUCAGAAGAUAUAUGGCGUGGCAGUUUACUCAGGCAUGGAGACCAAGAUGGCUCUGAACUACCAGGGGAAGUCCCAGAAGCGCUCUGCGGUGGAGAAGUCUAUCAAUGCCUUCCUGCUGGUGUACCUGUGCAUCCUGGUGAGCAAGGCCCUGGUGUGCACCACACUCAAGUAUGUGUGGCAGAGCCGACCAGGCCAGGACGAGCCCUGGUACAACCAGAAGACGCAAAAGGAGAAAGAUACCAACCUGUACCUGAAGAUGUUUACUGACUUCCUGUCGUUCAUGGUUCUGUUCAACUUCAUCAUCCCCGUGUCCAUGUACGUGACAGUAGAGAUGCAGAAGUUCCUGGGCUCUUUCUUCAUCUCCUGGGACAAGGACUUCUUUGACCCCGAGAUCCAGGAAGGGGCUCUGGUCAACACAUCCGACCUCAACGAGGAGCUGGGCCAGGUGGAGUACGUGUUCACGGACAAGACGGGUACGCUGACCCAGAACAACAUGGAGUUCAUCGAGUGCUGCAUCGACGGCUUCCAGUACAAGUACGCCGACUCAGGCACCGAGCUGGACGGCUUCUGUGUCACAGAUGGACCUGUGAGCAUACUGCAGCAGAAGGCUGGCAGGGAGAAGGAGGAGCUGUUCCUGCGGGCUCUGUGUCUGUGCCACACGGUGCAGGUGAAGGAGGCUACGGGUCAGGGGGAUGGAGUAGCAGACGGUGUAGAGGACCAGGUGGACGGCGUCAUGGGGCUGGAUGGAGAGACGGUCCGCCCUGCGGACCUCAGGGGCUUCAUUGCCUCCUCACCCGACGAGGUGGCACUGGUCAAGGGAGCCAUGAAGUACGGUUUCAAAUUCCUUGGUAUGGAGAGCAAGAACAUGAGAGUGAUGAACAGAAACAACGAUGUUGAAACGUACGAACUGCUUCACGUGUUGAACUUUGACCCGGUGCGAAGGCGUAUGAGUGUGAUAGUCCGAACCAAAUCAGGGGACACCAUGCUGUUCUGUAAGGGGGCCGACUCCUCCAUCUUCCCCCGUGUCAGGCAGGAGGAGGUGGACAGGAUACGCAUGCACGUGGAACGCAACGCUACGGAGGGCUACCGGACGCUGUGUGUGGCCUACAAGCUGCUGAGCAGUGAGGAGUAUGACCAGGCAGACACGGGGCUGAGGGAAGCCAAGCUGGCCCUGCAGGACCGAGAGGAGAAACUCAUGGCUGUGUACAACCAGGUGGAGACUGGGAUGAGCCUGAUCGGAGCUACCGCCGUGGAGGACAGGUUGCAGGAGGAGGCAGCCGAGACCAUGGAGGCCCUGCAGGGAGCCGGCAUGAAGGUGUGGGUGCUGACAGGGGACAAGAUGGAGACGGCCAAGUCCACGUGCUACGCCUGCCGGCUGUUCCAGAGGAGCACAGAGCUGCUGGAGCUGACGGUGCGAACCCUGGUGGAUCUGGGGAGGAAGAGAGAGGAGCGCCUCCACGAGCUGCUGCUGGACUACCACAAGAGGGCAGUACAGGACGCCCCACCGAUCAAGGCUGGGGUCACCAGGAGCUGGUCUUCAGCCAACCAGGACUACGGCUUCAUCAUAGACGGAGCCACUCUGUCCUUGGUGCUUAACUCCUCUCCUGACUCCAACUCCAGCUGCUACAAGAGUCUCUUCCUCCAGAUCUGUCAGAACUGUACCACUGUCCUGUGCUGCCGCAUGGCUCCCCUACAGAAGGCCCAGAUAGUAAAGAUGGUGAAGAACUCUAAAGGCCGCCCCAUCACCCUCUCCAUCGGAGAUGGAGCCAACGAUGUCAGUAUGAUCCUGGAGGCACACGUUGGCAUCGGUAUAAAGGGUAGAGAGGGUCGCCAGGCAGUGAGGAACAGUGACUAUGCCAUCCCUAAGCUCAAGCACCUGAAGAAACUGCUACUGGGACACGGGCACCUCUACUACGUCCGUAUUGCCCACCUGGUGCAAUACUUCUUCUACAAGAACCUCUGCUUCAUCUUACCUCAGUUCCUGUACCAGUUUUUCUGUGGAUACUCCCAGCAACCCCUCUACGACGCAGCCUAUCUGACGAUGUACAACAUCUGUUUCACCUCAAUGCCUAUCCUGGCCAACAGCCUCUUGGAGCAGCACAUCUGUAUGGAGGUCCUGAUGGACAAUGCCGCCCUCUACAGGGACGUAGCAAAGAAUGCCAUGUUGCGUUGGGGCCCCUUCCUGUACUGGACACUACUGGGGGUCUACCAGGGCCUCUUAUUCUUCUUCGGGGUCCGCUUUCUCUUUAGUAACCCCGCUCUGCAGGAUAAUGGCCAGGUGUUUGGGAAUUGGUCGUACGGAACGAUUGUUUUUACUGUCCUCGUUUUCACCGUGACGCUGAAGCUGGCUAUGGAUACUCGCCAUUGGACGUGGAUCAAUCACUUUGUCAUCUGGGGCUCGCUGGCCUUCUACAUGUUCUUCAGCUUCUUCUGGGGUGGGAUCAUAUGGCCUUUCCUUCGGCAGCAGCGUCUCUACUUUGUGUUUGCUAAUAUGCUGAGCUCUGUGUCAGCCUGGCUGAUCAUCAUCCUGCUCAUCCUGCUCAGCCUGCUGCCUGAGAUCCUGCUGCUGGUCCUCCGAAAGCCCCGCGGGCCCCACUCACGACAGAAGAAGCCGGUGGUUCAGUCUGGCGAGGGGAAAACCCAGUCUCCCCGGUCUUCAGCCAGGCCCCUGCUCAUGCGAACCUUUUCAGACGAGUCCAAUACUAUCCUAUGAACAGAUCGCUGCCGUCACGCCCUUGUCCUACAAGCACCUGAUCGGGCAGGAGUGAAGGGCAGAAAGGAGGGUCAACUAUACUGCGGCCAGUGUCUUUCAGGCCCCCAUGGCAGUCAAGCUGGCUGCCUGCACUUUUGCCUAAUCUAAAAAGAAAAUGGAAAUUGAUAAAAAGAAAAUAGAAAAGAUGCUAGAAGAGCCAGGGCUGGACUCCUGUCAGCCUCUUCCUGUUUCCCUCUGCAUGUCUGCAGAGUACUGCACCACCGGCCCACGCAGCACAGGCCGUUUUUACCACCGUUUUUACUGCACUAUUCAGACAGGAGGCAUGAGUUUCCGCUUUUUUCUUUUUUUGAGUUCUUUCUUUAAAAAAUGUAAAUGAAUGCGUACACGGCUACCUUGUCAGUAGUACUACUACGAUCUGCUGUGUUCUAACAUGCAGCCACACCUCCACUGACCCAGAAUGAUUCAUCUGCAUGAAACGAAGGAGGUUCCAUGAAUGCCACAUUCCACUUGUUAUUACUUGUGUGUUUAGGUCACGGUUUGUUAAAACAAAAAUACAAAUGUUACGUAACUUUCUUAAACAGAUUCCACAGUUCCAGGCCCAAAUAGUUUGUACAGUACCAGUCAAAAGUUUUAGAACACCUUCUCAUUCAAGGGUUUUUCUUUAUUUUUUAUUAUUUUCUUCAUUGUAGAAUAAUAGUGAAGACAUCAAAACUAUCAAAUAACACAUAUGGAAUCAUGUAGUAACCAUUUUUUUUUAAACAAAUCAAAAUAUAUUUCAGAUUCUUCAAAGUAGCCACCCUUUGCCUUGAUGACAGCUUUGCACACUCUUGGCAUUCUCUCAACCAGCGAGUUGAGGAGUUCCUACAUAUGCUGAGCACUUGUUGGUUGCUUUUUGUUCACUCUGCGUGUGGUCCAACUCAUCCCAAACCGUCUCAAUUGGGUUGAGGUUGAGUGAUUGUGGAGGCCAGGUCAUCUGUUGCAGCACUACAUCACUCUCCUUCUUGGUCAAAUAGCCCUUACACAGCCUGGAGGUGGGUUGGGUCAUUGUCCUGUUGAAAAACAAAUGAUACUCCCAAUAAGCGCAAACCAGGUGGGAUGGUGUAUCGCUGCAUAAUUCUGUGGUAGCCAUGCUGGUAAAGUGUGCCUUGAAUACUAAAUAAGUCACAGAAAAUGUCUCCAGCAAAGCACCAUCACACCUCUUCCAUGCUUCAUGGUGGCAACCACACAUGCGGAGAUCAUCCGUUAACCUAGGUUGGAACCAAAAAUCUCAAAUUUGGACUCGUCAGACCAAAGAACAGAUUUCCGCCGGUCUAAUGUCCAUUGCUUGUGCUUCUUGGCCCAAGCAAGUCUCUUCUUAUUGGUGUCCUUUAGUAGUGGUUUCUUUGCAGCAAUUCGACCAUGAAGAUUCAUGCAGUCUCCUCUGAACAGUUGAUGUGUCUGUUACUUGAACUCUGUGAAGCAUUUAUUUGGGCUCUCAUUUGAGGUGCAGUUAACUCUAAUGAACGUAUCCUCUGCAGCAGAGGUAACUCUGGGUAUUCUUUUCUUGUGGCGGUCCUCAUGAGAGACAGUUUCGUCAUAGCGCUUGAUGGUUUUUGCAACUGCUCUCGGAGAAACAUUCAAAGUUCUUGAAAUGUUCUGAAUUGACUGACCUUCAUGUCUUAAAGUAAUGAUGGUCUGUUUCUCUUUGCUUAUUUGAGCUGUUGCCAUAAUAUGGACUUAGCCUUAUUUGGUAAAAGACCAUCUUCUGUUUCCCACACCUACCUGUCACGACACAACGGAUUGGCUCAAACGCAUUAAGAAGGAAAUUAAUCCAUAAAUUAACAUUUAACAAGGCACAGAUUGUUAAUUGAAAUGCGUUCCAGGUGACUACCUCAUAAUGGCUAAUUUGAAGAAUCAAAUAUAAAAUUCAUUUUGAAAACUUUUUUUGGUUACCACAUUAUUUCAUGUGUUAUUUCAUAGUUUUGAUGUCUUCACUAUUAUUCUAAAAAGUAGAAAAUAGUAAGAAAUAAAGAAAAACCCUUGAAUGAGUAGGUGUGUCCAGACUUUUGACUGGUACUGUAAGUUACAUGAUUCCAGUCGAGUCCAGGGCAAAGAAAGCAUGUUCGCUCAAUACAGACUACACUGCACACGGGUUACUGAAUAUCUUGAAAAAAAAUGGAUACUGAGAAGGGAGGGUUUAGAGGCACAGCCCCCUACUGGGUUAAGGGAGGGUUUAGAGGCACAGCCCCCUACUGUGCUAAGGGAGGGUUUAGAGGCACAGCCCCCUACUGGGUUAAGAGGGUUUAGAGGCACAGCCCCCUACUGUGCUAAGGGAGGGUUUAGAGGCACAGCCCCCUACUGUGCUAAGGGAGGGUUUAGAGGCACAGCCCCCUACUGGGUUAAGAGGGUUUAGAGGCACAGCCCCCUACUGUGCUAAGGGAGGGUUUAGAGGCACAGCCCCCUACUGUGCUAAGGGAGGGUUUAGAGGCACAGCCCCCUACGGUGCUAAGGGAGGGUUUAGUGGCACAGCCCCCUACUGUGCUAAGGGAGGGUUUAGAGGCACAGCCCCCUACUGUGCUAAGGGAGGGUUUAGAGGCACAGCCCCCUACUGGGUUAAGAGGGUUUAGAGGCACAGCCCCCUACUGGGUUAAGAGGGUUUAGAGGCACAGCCCCCUACUGGGUUAAGAGGGUUUAGAGGCACAGCCCCCUACUGGGUUAAGAGGGUUUAGCGGCACAGCCCCCUACUGGGUUAAGAGGGUUUAGAGGCACAGCCCCCGACUGGUUUAAGUCUCCAUUUUCUCAUCUUCCCAAAAAGUGUGUAUGUGAGUUAAUCAAAAUGACUGGUAAUGACUUGUGCUUGCCAACGUUUCUACCUGGUUCCGUGUUUGGAGCAUGACAUGUAUCUUCCAAGCAGAAGACCGGUGAUAAUAUAAGAAAAUACCAAUUGAUUGUGAAAAUUAUUAUAUGUGCUGUAGCUAUAGAUCUGAACCUGUUUGAAUGCCUGGUGCUUGAAGCCAAAAAUGUGUCUGACCUGGGGAGAUGCGUGUCAUGCCCAGCACCGUCCAAAUAUUGCAAAAUGUGUUGCGGAGUGUGAGCAAGUUGUUUAUGUGUGAAUGUGUUUCUCAUACAUCGGUUUCCCAGCUGUACUGGAUGGGAUCGAUGGCCUAAAAAGCAACCUGUGUGUUGCAUUGAGACACGUACAGUGUUUUCAUAGGAAUACCUGUAGCUUCCUUGUAGAUUAGCACGUGGUUGUCAUGACCUGUCAUCUAAAGGACAUCAGGAGUUCUGAGGAUUUUCCUUUGGGCAUGCAGUCAGAAAGGCACAUUUGUCAUAUGCCGAAACACACACACACAUAAUGCGCACAUGCACUAAAAACCUAAAAUGAGGUAUCGAUGUCCCAUUACCACUUAGUGUUUGUCAAAGGUAACGAUCCCAACUCCAGACUUUCUCGUCAGGUAAUGUGACCACCUGCUUACCUUACAUCAACAUCCAUAUCUAUUUACGAUAUCUGAGAAGGGUUUCUUACUGACCUCUAGUGUUAGUGCUUCAUACAUUCCAUUUCUCCAUGCCAUGAUAGGAAUCACUUUUAGAUACUAUGGGAGGAAUUUUGUUUUUGGAACGUGUAAGAAUCUAUUUGACAUAUUUAUUGUUCUGUGUAAUUUUACCCACAUGUUAUAUUUUUAUUAUGUAUUUUUUUUAUUGUGCAAUUUCAGUAUGCCUGUGUUACUACAGACAAGAUGUGUGCCCCUGUGCCAACCCGUAUAUCCUACCUUACACCUCUACCAUAUCCUGUUCCCUCCACCGUUCUGGUCGCAGGUCAGAUUACAGAGCACUGGUUAGAGGUCAGUUAAGCCAUAUCUAGGCUUUGAAUGGAGCUUCUGUUAUUUCUGGCACAGAGGGGUAUGUCUUGUCCUUUAAAGAAAUGCCAUAACGAUCAAGUGUUUGAUAAUUAUGGCUGUAGUUCCUAAGUUCAGUAGCUUUAGUUCAGAUGGACUUCAUUCCAGAUCCUUAGUGGUUGGAGAUACUGUAACAUCUACAUGCUGGCUGUACAUGAUACUGAGCAUAUGCAACCUGGUGUCCCCUCCCCUCCAUGCCAAAUGUGAUUUACCAUACUUUCAUAUGGGAGAAAUGUAUAUAUUUUUCUUGACUUCAAGGGUCUGGAGUUUCCAGAGGGUUGUGUACACCAGAUGGCUAUAUUACCGAGGACUCUAUUGUAGCGUUUCCUUUUGAAACACUAAAGCUAUCAGGGGCUGAGUAUGGGCUGUACUCAGACUAGCGUGGAGACAUCGCUGGACUCUCACCUGCCUGGGCUGUGUCCUAGGUCGGGGUAGGAGGAGGACUUACUAUAUUGGGGGGGGGGGGGGCGCAUUACAGAUGCUGUUUUCAAAAGCUUACAAAAUGUAUUGGUUUCUUGUGUUUUGCCUGACCAAAAAAAAAAAAAAGAAUGAUUGAUUGAUUGUAUUUUUAAUGCAACCCUUUUUUCAGCCAUUUUUGUAAGAAUAAUCGAAAUGUCCCAAAAAAAAGCACGAGUGGCUGGAUGAAUGUGGAGAAUGGCCCUGUCCCACGGGUUGCCGCUGGGGUGGGGUGCCGUGGGGUGACGGGCACAAAAUGGGCACCGCACCCCGGCCCCAGGACCACCCCACAUCUGGCCCCAGGACCACCCCACAUCUGGCCCCUCGGGCUCCAGCCUCGGCACUCUGAACCUCCGACCUGAAUGUAGCACUUUAAGACCAGUUUGUUCAACACAGUUUUUCUGUAAUAAAUCACAAUAUUAUGAA